AUAAGUUCGAAAUGGAAAGCUGAGCAAGGAAUGCAUACAAAGAAUGCCCCGCCCUCAAUUUCUUCCUUUCCUUUCCUUUCCUUUCAUAAAAUGAAAAAAUAAUUUUGUGUGUGUUGAGCAGGAAGUAAUCUAAAUCUUUGACAAAGAAGAUCCAGGCGAAGCUUAACCAGUGUGCGUUGGAUCCAAACCCAGUUAACAAAAUGGGCAAGGAGUUCUGGUUAUUAUGCUCGGCCCUCUUUCUGCUCACGACAGCUUUUGCUUCGGAAUACGACCAUAAGUAUGGAGCGGGUGAUACUGUCACCUUAUGGGUGAACAAAGUUGGCCCUUAUAACAAUCCUCAAGAAACAUACAACUACUAUAGUCUUCCUUUUUGUCAUCCAGGGAAAAAUGCUGUGCACAAAUGGGGUGGGCUCGGUGAAGUUCUGGGAGGAAAUGAGCUCAUUGACAGCCAAAUCGAAAUAAAAUUUCGAAAAACUGUUGAGCGAGGGACAAUCUGUGAACUUGAACUUGAUGCUGCAAAAGUGAAACAGUUUAAGGAUGCUAUUGAGAAUACCUACUGGUUUGAAUUCUUUAUGGACGAUCUACCUCUGUGGGGUUUUGUUGGUGAACAGAAUGCACAGAAGAGUGAUGACCAGAAGUAUUUGUUAUACACUCACAAGAAUAUUAUUUUGAAAUUCAAUAAUGACCAGAUAAUUCAUGUCAACCUCACUCAGGAAAAUCCUACUCCACUUACUGCUGGAAAGUCAUUGGAGCUUACUUAUUCAGUAAAGUGGGUUGAGACAAAUGUAACCUUUGCUAGGCGAUUUGAUGUAUAUUUAGACUAUCCUUUCUUUGAACACCAGAUCCAUUGGUUCUCCAUCUUCAAUUCAUUCAUGAUGGUUAUUUUUCUCACUGGUUUAGUAUCAAUGAUCUUGAUGCGAACUCUGAGAAAUGACUAUGCAAAAUAUGCUCGAGAGGACGAUGAUUUAGAAAGUUUGGAGAGGGAUGUUAGUGAAGAGUCAGGUUGGAAGCUUGUUCAUGGAGAUGUUUUUAGAACACCUAGAAGCUUGGUCAUGCUUUCAGCAUUAGUGGGCACAGGAGCACAACUUGCUACGCUUGUGCUUCUUGUCAUCCUACUGGCAAUCAUUGGCAUGCUAUACAUUGGGCGUGGAGCAAUUGUCACAACUUUCAUCGUGUGCUAUGCUCUUACUUCAUUUAUAUCUGGUUAUGUGAGUGGAGGAUUGUAUUCACGUAAUGAUGGCAAGCACUGGAUAAAGUCAAUGGUUCUCACAGCAUCUCUUUUCCCAUUUAUGUGCUUUAGUAUUGGCUUUAUUUUGAACACGGUUGCUAUAUUCUACGGUUCUCUUGCUGCCAUUCCUUUUGGCACUAUGGUGGUUGUUUUUAUUAUGUGGGCAUUUAUUUCUUUUCCUUUAGCACUUCUUGGGACAGUUGUUGGAAGAAAUUGGAGUGGGGCUCCAAACAAUCCUUGCCGUGUGAAGACAAUUCCUCGUCCAAUUCCAGAAAAAAAGUGGUAUCUGACACCUGCAGUGGUAUCAUUGAUGGGUGGUCUGCUUCCAUUUGGAAGUAUUUUUAUCGAAAUGUAUUUUGUUUUCACCUCGUUUUGGAAUUACAAGGUUUACUAUGUUUAUGGCUUCAUGUUGCUGGUAUUUUUGAUCCUCGUUAUUGUGACAAUAUGUGUCACGAUUGUGGGAACAUACUUCCUGCUUAAUGCUGAAAACUAUCACUGGCAAUGGACAUCCUUCUUCUCAGCUGCUUCAACAGCUGCCUAUGUGUAUCUCUAUUCCAUAUACUACUAUUAUAUGAAGACAAAGAUGUCUGGGUUUUUCCAGACCAGUUUCUAUUUUGGAUACACGUUAAUGUUCUGCCUUGGUUUGGGCAUCCUUUGUGGAGCUGUUGGCUACUUGGGAUCAACAAUGUUCGUAAGACGGAUUUAUCGAAAUAUAAAAUGUGAUUGAGGGAAAGGAAAAGAAGAAUCUUUAGAUCAAACAGAGCAAAGGAUAUUUGAUGCCUGAAGCUUUCAAAGUGGUCCUGUGCUUGGGACUUGCUUAUUUCCAGGAAAGAGGUUCACUAUUUGUUUUUGUGGCAGUUCAUUCGAAAGAAUCCCUGGGUGUAGCAAUGCUUUUUGUAUAAUUGAACUCUAAGCAUGAGAAAAUUGAAGAUCACUUUUCUACUAUAUGUGGCAUUGUCAAGGAGAAAAUUAGGGCACACAUUUUAUCAGGUCGAUUAUUGAUUAAGAAAGAUGAUUAUUUUUGUCAACAGAUGUUAAUCUAAGGAUGGCUUUUAUGAUGCGGGCCUUGUCAAGAGUGGCAGAGUGUAGGCAUUUUCAUCAUCUUUAGAGAGUAUUGAAUUGAUAUUUGUUCAGGCAUCUUGAAUUUAGUUAUACUUUCCUAGGGGCAUAAGUACUGGGAUUUUUCUAAAAUUAACGAAUCAAGCUGUGGCAACUAGGAUGUUUGCAGGAAAUAUGAGAGGACAUGAUAUGCUCUCAUGUUCUGCACUUGUGAUAUUAAUACUUUCUUCGGGUCAUGUUUCUUUA